AUGGCGAUGCCGCCGACAUCCGCAGCCGGAAAAUUCGAUCAUGAUUCUUCCAGUGUUGAUACUAUAAAUUUACGAUUGAUCUUAGUGAGUGGAAAGACAAAAGAAUUUCAAUUAGCAUCAAAUUCCUCAGCUCUUGAUAUAACUCAAUAUGUAUUUGAUCAUUGGCCUGAUGAUAAUUUAAAAAAGAUGAAACGUAAUACAUGCUGCCGAUGUUGUCCAUCAUAA